AUGUCUGCGCCGCCGACGCCGACCACGACCGCGACGGCCACCGCACCGGCCAUGGGGCGCCAUCCGUCCCGCACACCGUCGAUCGACGCAGACGGCGACUCGCUCAUCUCCUUGGCCACGACGACGACGAACCGUGACCUCGACGAGCACGACGGAGCGCUCGAUGCGGCCGGGGCCGAUCAGGCGGGCUCGAGCUUGUUCGCUCAACCGAUCGGAGCCAUCUGCGCUUACGGGCCCCGACUGGCCUACACCUACUUCAACUCGCCUGUUCCCAGGGCCGAGGCGCUCAACGCCGUGCAGGAUGACGUGCACUUCUUCACCGUCGACGACCAGCUGCUCUACCUCAGCUUCUUCCAGGACUCGGGGCCGCUGAAUGCCGCCUGUCUCUAGUUCGUUCCUGCUCCCGCUUGGCCUCUGGAGCUUAUGCCCAGCCGCAUGCAUACAUCCUUCCUCCUCAGGUCCCGAGCUGACCUUGCUCGGCCUCUGUAUCCACAGUCGGUUCUGUUUGCAUGUUCAUACCCUACUCGAGGUCAGCCUUCGCUUCCUGCAUCCUACCCCUCUUCCCCUGUCGUCGACUCUUUGCUCGCGGUCAUCGUUCAACAAGACCGAUCACGCGUGUCAACACGCAUACAGCCACCCCGCUUGCGCCCCUCUUUCGCCCUGCCCGUGAUCCCUUCUCCGAUUUACCCCUUUCGAUCCCUUCACUGAACAUCAAUGCCUCUUCUUUGGCACAGAAUGAGGAAUACGCCAACAAGCGCAUCUUUCUGUAUUCGUCCGAGGAGCCGGACAAGAAGGCCAACGCCGCAUUGCUCAUUGCCCUCUAUGCCGUAAGGACGCAUUUUUUGGUCACAUGUGGUCCCACAACAAUGCGCCUUUGCGCCUUUGCGCCUUCCCACGACAACGCCAUCACAACUCGCGUAGACCGGGAGGAGAAGAUCGACUACCCCCCGGGUGGACAUCGAUUCAGCCGGAUGCGAGCCGUUGGCUUGUGCUCCGGACUGGUGAUGAACGAAGAGCCACGAUGGAGGAACAGAAUGGAUGUACCGCCUCCGGGAUGGAUCAGGCUCAUGGUUUUCCUGGAGAAGGAAGGCUGGUUGGUGCUCUCAUCGGUCUCCGAAGCAAGCACGUGACCUUCUCUGGCCCAUCGCGCCAAGGCUCAAAAUCGACUCCAUUGCAAGCGUGGGUGUUACCUGUACUAAAGUGUUAUUCUCCCUUUCACAGAUGAUCGUUAUGCGGUGGCACCCUGCCGACGUCCUUCACCCUAUAGCCUGUCUUGAAUUAGUGAGUGGGCCUCUCUCGUGCGCGCGCCGAGUCUCGAUCUUCCUCCUGAUCUCCAUUUGCUCUUCCCUGCCCACCUCACAGCAACCCUUCCGCGACGCCGGCUACGCCCGCGCCGACUUUCACCUCUCGGUCCAAUCCGUCAUCUACGGCGUAUACCGCGCCAUUUCCCUCCGUCUCCUCGACCUCUCCACCUUUGACCUCGUCGCGUACGAGACGUACGAAAAAGUCGAGAACGGCGAUUGGAAUUGGAUCACACCUGGCUUCGUGGCGUUCGCGAGUCCGGUCGAACCUAGUUAUGUCGCGGCUUUGUCGGGGGCUGGGGCAGGGCAGAGGAAGAUGGAGGGGGCCAGACCGAGGUUGAGUAAGGCGUUUGGGAACGUGUUGAACGAGUUCAACAGAGGGGGCGUCAAGGUCGUCGUUAGGUCAGUCGGAACAGUCGGUUCGCGUUAGGUGGGUCGAAGGCCCCUGCUCAUUCGUUCGUCUUGGUCCUUGCAGGUUGAAUAAGAAGCUCUAUGACGCAAGCCACUUUACGUCAAGAGGGAUGCAACAUGUCGAGAGUAGGUCACAGCGUGGUUCAAUCGUCGUUGCACUCGGCUCAUUGGACGUCUUCCUCAUUGUCCCACAGUGUACUUUGACGACGGUACGAAUCCGACGAUGGAGAUGACAAGAGAGUUCAUCGACCUCUCGGACAAGACGAUCUCGUCCGGCGGGGCUGUUGCUGUGCAUUGCAAAGCUGGACUUGGAAGGACAGGAACCUUGAUUGGUGCUUACUUGAUUUACAAACACGGCUUCACGGCUGCUGAAGGUGAGACAAGGGACGUUAUCCUGCAAACGGAGUCAGACGACCGGUGCUAAAAGACUUCCACUCUGCUCACAGCGAUCGGGUUCAUGCGCUUGAUGCGGCCCGGGUCCUGCGUCGGACCGCAACAACACUUCCUCUACGAGAACCAAAUGACCUGGGUUCGAUGGGCCGCCGUCGAUGCUUACAAACUUACGGUCCAACCUUCUCCACCGGUGGCCGCCGUUCAAGCCUCGACUUCAUCCACUACCACACCUUCGAACGUACCCGUUGCUUCCACUUCGGCUGUCCCCAUCGGCGUGGACGUGCCCAUCACUCCACCCUCGCAACGGAUCCGUCGAGUCGUCACUCCAACCCAUGAUCCCGACGCCACGCAUGCCCACCGACCAACGACCCCCGCCGCGUCGACCCUCGUUCCUCCUCGAACACCGGGGAGGAACGCUCCCGUGCCUGGACAACCGAGAAAGACGCCAGGGAAAAGUAAACAUUCCGUCGCUACGCCCGAGACGCAGCAGGCCGUUGUGGAGGACGAGAUGGAUCUGGUACCGAAAACGGCCAAGAUGUUGGUUGAUGGGCGGGCGGAAGAGGAUGAAGGGGAGGAGGAGGAAGAUUCAUCUGAUGCGAUGAAGACGAUCCCUCCCCUUGAACUGGUACCCAAGGCGAUGAAGGAGGCAGCGACGAAUUCGGCGGUUACUUCGAAGAGAUCGGCUACGCCAGGGCCAUCUCGACCUACGCGGAUCGCUCGACCGAGACAAGCACGACCUCUUUCGGCGAUCGCGGACAAUCGAGUCGUCGAUCGAUUGGGGUUGGCGACUGGAACUGCUGGAGGGAAUUCGACCACUUCAGAUCGAAGAGGACGAGGUGGUCUUGCCGCGAAUACGACAACGGCGAGAGCGACGGCGGAAGAAGCCAAGCGCUCGAGAGCCGUUCGGGAUCUCGGGACCUUGUUCGAACAACCGCCGGCGGGGUCGUCGUCGAGGGAAGGGACGUCGAGUGGACCCGCUUCUGCAACGUCGAGUUCGACUCGGUACCGGACACGAGGAGGGACGAGGGCAACGACGCCCGGUGCGGGGGACGAUCGGAUCCCUUCGGUUGUGGAACCGCCGGCAAGUCCGACCAAGUUGCCUCAACGCGUUCCGGCCAAACGAAGAGGGCAGGCCAAGGAGAAGGCCACGGCGAUGUCAACAACGGCGGCGGCAGAACCGGGUACUCGAAGAGAACGAAGUGUCACUGCGAGUGGGGCUGUGAAGAUGAACGUCGAUGGUCAUGCUCAGGGCGGUGGCGCAGAUGAUGGGUCGAGUACGACUUCGGUCGAGGAACGCAACGCGUUGGCAGCGAGCGUCGGCCUUUCUUCGAGGAGCGUGAGGAGGAGAAGGAGUAGUCUGGGGGAUACGGAUUUCGUGCAAACUUGA